AUGAUUGUCUGCAGGGGUGAAAUGGCAGCGCGAGUUGAUGAAGAAGAAACGCUUGUCAGAAGUUUGGAGGAAAUGCUUCAUAAGACCUACAGUACAGAGCAUACAGCAAGUUCGGAUGUGGCUCGGUCAUUCAACCUGGCUGUCACGCGCCUCAAGAACCAGAUGACCCUGGUUUCGGCGCUGGAUGUGGCAAAAGGUCGAGUGGUUGAAUGUUUGCAACGGGUCAGCGACCUCAUGGAUUUGCGUACAUGUGCUGAUGGCGUUAGCGUUGCUAUGGAGCAGGAAGACUACGAGUUAGCUGCUAGACAUAUUCACAAAUUUUUGACCCUGGACACGGCUGUUUUUCAAAUGGGCGAACAGACUGAGGCAAAAGAUACUGGGCAGUCGAUGGGGCGAAGUUAUGAAAUUCUGCGUGAAGCAGCUACCGAAAUGAAAUCGAUAGUUGAGAAACGCUUUGACCAGGCAGUUGAAAGUAACGAUGUCGCAUCAAUCCAGAGAUUUUUUAAAUUGUUUCCACUUCUGAAUGAGCAUGCCAAUGGUAUCAAGCGAUUCGGUGAUUAUCUUUGUGCAGAAAUCAGCAAACUCGCAGAGCGAAAUUACAAGGUCAUUUUAUCAGUACUCUGA